GCCGACUGCUGCCCUUACCGCAAAGUCUCGUCUCCAGCCCAUCAUCUUCCUCUGCGCUGGAAUGCACCUCAGCUAUAAAACCUGUCAACGUCAUCUAGUUCUCGACCCUCUCACCAUCAUCAUCACCUGCAUCGUUUCCCACUCAGCUGCCAACUUCUAACACGCACGCUUUUCAACCGGAAACCCUAGCUCCUCUGUCAAAAUGAAGUUCUGGAAUAUCCUCGCCCUUACCCUCCCGGCCCCGGCCACAACUACCGUCUCCGCAAAGCGGCAAGCUCCGCUCGUUAGGGUCAAAUCAGCUAAGGUCAUCAGUUCGGACUCGACCAAAGGCUGCCUACCGGGCCACUUUGGCGUCAAGAGCGGCACAGAAGACGACACGCUGACGCUCAUUUAUGGCCUCCACGGCACGUAUCUGUGGCCGGCCAACCUCAGCGACGUGCGCACCGCCUUCUGCGACUACGAGGUCACGCUGCUCUUCCCGAGGGCUGCACGUCCGGCACCGUCUACGCCAGCCCCAGCGGCACCUUGAAGCUGGACGAGCGCUUCGAAGCCAAAUUCUC